CGAGCCCGCGUUUCUGAGUUCGACCCCGCCCCUCAUUAAAUGCCGACCUCCUCGUCGACCUCGAGACGAUCUCGUCUCGGGUUGCCUCUACACCAAACAGUCGCAGCAAUGGCGACCUCCUUGCGACUCCCCUUCGCCUUCCUCGCGGCGCUGCUGCUGCUGCUGCUGUCGUCGUCGACAGCCCGCGCGGAGGAGGAGGCGGUGCUGACGCUGGACGCCGGCAACUUCUCGGAGGUGGUGGCGGAGCACCAGUUCGUCGUCGUCGAGUUCUACGCCCCCUGGUGUGGCCAUUGCAAGCAACUAGCUCCAGAGUACGAGAAGGCCGCGUCCAUCCUGAGCAAACAUGACCCACCAAUCGUGCUUGCCAAGGUUGACGCGAACAAGAAGAACAAGGAUCUCAGCGGCAAGUACGACGUGCAGGGGUUCCCCACCAUCAUGAUCUUGAGGAACCAAGGGGACAGUGUGCGGGAGUACAAUGGCCCCAGGGACGCGGAUGGCAUAGUGGAGUACCUGAAGAAACAGGUCGGCCCAGCGUCUGUCGAGAUCAAGUCGGUGGAGGAUGCCACAAAACUGAUCGGUGACAAGGGUGUGGCCAUUGUUGGAGUUUUCCCUGCGUUUGGUGGUAGUGAGUACGAGAAUUUCAUGGCCGUGGCAGAGAAAAUGAGAAAUGACUAUGACUUCCUCCACACAUUGGAUGCCAGUAUUCUUCCGCAAGGUGACAAGGCUGUCAAAGGGCCUGUUGUUCGGCUUUUUAAACCAUUCGAUGACCUCUUUGCUGAUUCCCAGGAUUUUGACAAAGAUGCGCUACAAAAGUUUAUCGAAGUUUCUGGUUUCCCAACUGUAGUUAACUUUGACACUAAUCCAACUAACCACAAAUAUCUCCUCAAAUACUUUGAGAAUGAUGGUACCAAAGCAAUGCUUUUCCUGAGCUUCGAUGAUGACAGGAUUGAUGCCUUUAAGAGUCAGUUUUAUGAAGCUGCAAAGCAAUAUGGUGUGAAGAACAUAAGUUUUCUGAUCGGUGAUGUUACUGACGCACAGGGUGCUUUCCAGUAUUUUGGGCUCAAAGAAAGUGAAGUGCCCCUCUUCUUCAUACAAGAAUCCACUGCAAAAUUUAUCAAACCAACUGUGGAGCCUGAUCAAAUCUUACCUUGGUUGAAAGAUUACACAGAUGGCACCUUAUUACCACAUGUUAAGUCAGAUCCUAUUCCAGUGGUCAACGACCAACCUGUUAAGGUUGUUGUCGCCGAUAAUCUUAAUGAUGUGGUUUUCAACUCUGGCAAAAAUGUGCUUCUUGAGAUUUAUGCACCGUGGUGUGGCCAUUGCCAGAAGCUGGCCCCAAUCUUGGACGAAGUUGCAAUUUCGUUGCAGAAUGAUGAAGAUGUGAUCAUUGCAAAGAUGGAUGCUACCACCAAUGACAUACCACCAGAUUUCGCAGUCGAGGGCUACCCAACCAUGUAUUUCUACUCAUCUGCUGGAAACCUCCUAUCAUAUGAACGUGGAAGAACUGCUGAGGAGAUCAUCGAUUUCAUCAAGAAGAACAAGGGCUCCAAACCUGGUGAAGCUGCUGUAGAGGAUGAUGCAGCUGAGAAUGAUGCCAUGAAGGAGCAAGAACCUUCAUCAGAGUCUGUUAAAGAUGAACUGUGAUCAAGGAGACCGAUGAGCAUAGAAUACUUGUUGCCAUUCAAAGUUUGAGCAGGCGUCUUAAGUAACAAGCCACACUAGACAGUUUCAGGACACAGUUCAGUAAUUCUGUCUUCAAGUUUUCAGGCUUGCAGGACAACAAGAUCUACUCACUGGCCUUUUGUAUCUUUUGCUAAAAUUUUGUUGUUGUAGCAUCAGCACAUUACAUCGAAGUCUGAUUUAUGUAGUCAGAUUGACAUUUAAAGUCUGCCUCUGUGAUCAAACUCAAAAUUCAUUAGAAAUUCUACGCGUGAGUUCGUUUGUUAAGAAAAUACCGAUACUACAUUUCGCUGGACCAGUAAAGGGGUCUCAGCUACA